GUGGCUCUUCGCGAAGCAACAGGUGACUUUGGGCUUGAAAGCCCACCCAAACCUCGAGGACGACCCAAGCAUAAGACACGAGCAGUAAAGUCAAAGAGAAGCGAGAAUGCUGCCACGGUAGAAGUGGAUGCCAACAUGCACGAAAAUGGCCUCAGCCUGAUUUCAGCGUACGAGCUACUGGAAGACAACCCGACGUUCAACUCGACUCAUGAAAAACUACUGCAAUUCAAG